AUGGCACCCAAGCCGUUUCCCAUUCUGGCUCCGCUUCUUGGUCUCUAUGCGGUGAUCUCUUCGGCACAAGUCCUCACGAAAUGUCCCUCUGCUGAGACGACUUACACAUCCCCGGAUGGCCUCGUAUACAAGACCUGCACAGGAACAGACUACCAGGGGACGGAUGCACAGCUCGUCCCAGACAUCGCGGAUGCCGCCGCCUGCGUGGCACUUUGCGCCAAGACCAUUCCCUGCGACAAGUCUGUCUAUAAUAACGACAACAAAGACUGUCACUUGAAGGGUUCCGACACGUACGGUCUUAAAUGGACUACCGAUGCACGCUUCACUGCUUCACGCAGAGUCGACGUGGGAAACGUGGGCCGAUGGGGACCUUUGGUGAACCUGCCCGUCAUUCCAGUGGCAGGUUAUGUCGAUCCUACCGAUACGAACCGUGUAAUGGUUUGGUCUUCCUGGGUGAGUUGCUCCACAAAUCUGUAGAGUUGCUCAUGAGUGCCUCGCUAAAUCAAGGUGUACAGGGCACCGACGACUUUGGUGGAGCAGGCGGCAAAACCCAAUUCGCGGACUACAACUGGAAGACAGGCGCCGUAUCUGAGCGCCAAGUUGCCAAUACCAAGCACGACAUGUUCUGUCCCGGUAUCAGCGCUCUGCAGGAUGGUCGCAUUGUCAUUUCUGGUGGAGGUGAUGCAGAAGCGACUUCUAUCUACGAUCCCGUUACAAAUGCUUUCACCCGCGGCCCCGAUAUGAAUAUUGCACGAGGCUACCAGGCCUCCGCUACUCUCAGCAACGGCAAAAUAUUCACCAUCGGAGGAUCUUACAGCGGCGGUAUUGCCAACAAACCCGGCGAGGUCUACGAUCCUGCUGCGAACACCUGGACUCUUCUCCCUGGCGCGGAUCCUUCUCAGGGUAUGCUCACGACUGAUCACGAAGGUCAAUGGCGAACUGAUAACCAUGCCUGGCUCUUCGCUUGGCGGGAUGGGUCUGUUUUCCAAGCGGGUCCGAGCAAGAACAUGCAUUGGUUCACCACCACCGGAAACGGAUCUAUCCAGGACGCUGGCACGCGGGAUGCUGCGAACGAUGCCAUGUGCGGCGUGAAUGUCAUGUACGACGCCGGAAAGAUCUUCACUGCCGGCGGAUCACAGGACUACACUGACAGCCCAGCUUUCAAUCGCGCACACCUUAUUAGCAUCUCUGCUCCCUACCAGCCCGCCGCGGUGGAACGCGUUUCGGAUAUGCGAUAUCCGCGUGGCUUCGCAAACGCAGUCGCCUUGCCGGACGGAACGAUUCUCGUCACAGGCGGCCAGAAACGUUCCGUCGUCUUCACGGAUACGGAUUCCGCUUUGGCUGCGGAGCUCUUCGAUCCUGCAACCAACACUUUCCGCACGCUCGCCGAAGAACUCAUCCCUCGCAACUACCAUUCGAUAUCGCUUCUCUUGGCAGAUGGCACCGUUCUCAGCGGCGGUGGUGGACUCUGCUAUGUUGGAGGUGGCGUAAAAGGCGACGAUGGCAAGUGCAACCGCGCCGUCGAUCAUCUCAAUGCCCAGAUCUUCUCGCCUCCGUACCUCUUCAACUCCGACGGCUCGUCUGCCACCAGGCCCGUGAUAUCCUCUGUUUCCGCGACGAAUGCCAGAGCAGGCGACUCCUUGACCGUGCAGAUGGGCGACGACGCGGCUGGAACCACGUUCUCUUUGAUCAGAAUGGGAAGCUCCACGCAUUCGAUCAAUACCGAUCAGCGAAGGAUUUCGUUGACGCAGGCAACUCAGAGUGGCAGCUCUUGGAAGCUUGAAUUGCCUAGCGAUGGAGGCGUGCUGAUUCCGGGGUACUACUAUCUCUUCGCGGUCAACAAGGCGGGUGUGCCGGCUGUGGCGAGGACGUUACAGAUUCGUUUAUGA